UAUAGUUUCCUUUGUCCAUUCUUUCUCAAUCUAAAAUACCCUUUUCUUCUUUUGCUUUCCAUUAAUCUUAUAUACAUCAAAGAUCUUCUCUUUUUCUUGUCUCCUUUUGUGGGUUUAUUGUGAUUUAAAUAGUGAUUUCAAAUUCAUUAAGUGAAAAGGUUAAUCAAGUGUUCAUUUUUUAGAGAGAAAGAUGGUUUGUUUGGAAUCUCGUACUGGAAGACAAAUGCAGAGAUACAAUAGUGCUGGUGGUCGCCAAGUUGUGGGGUGCAUCCCUUAUAGAUAUAAACAAGAGAUUGAUGGCAAUAUGAGCAAUGAAUUGGAGGUACUUGUGGUUAGUUCACAAAAGGGUCAAGCAUUAAUGUUUCCUAAGGGUGGAUGGGAACUUGAUGAAUCUUUAGAAGAAGCAGCUCUUAGGGAAUCACUUGAAGAAGCAGGAGUUAUAGGACUUGUUGAGCAUGAAUUGGGUCAAUGGAGCUUCAUUAGCAAGAGACAUGGCACAUACUAUGAAGGUCACAUGUUUCCUUUACUUGUCAAGGAACAACUUGAACUUUGGCCAGAGAAAAAUCUACGUAGAAGAAUAUGGAUGAAUGUUGUUGAAGCUCGAGAAGUUUGUCAACAUUGGUGGAUGAAAGAAGCAUUAGAUAUCCUUGUUGAUCGGCUAACUCCAAAGCUGACUUAACAAAUUUAGGGACCUAAAACAAAAUUCAAACAAAUAUUAAAUGUACUCCGACAAUUGAUUAAUUUUAUACUAAAUUAUUUAGUUUUAAAAUUUGUCAUCCCAAAUUUAUUAGAAAGUGUUUCGCAUUUCUAUAGUAUAAAUAUCGAAAUUGUUAAUGUGGUUGAAGCCUGAGAAAAUUGUGACUAUGCAUGGAUGAAGGAAGGAUUUAGAUAUAAUAAAUACGAGUAAUAUAAGUGGUUGAUUUUUAUAAUAAAAAUAGUAGGGCGAUGUGCAAUUUAAGUUUUAA